AUGGAUUUUAUAGAGGAAGAUGAAAUAGGAUAACUCUGUUUGACAAAGCAAUUUUCAAAGGAAGUUAGUUUGGAUUCAUUUGAAAUGAAUUGUGUGAUAGGGAAGGGACAAUAUGCCAAAGUGCUAUUGGUGAGAAAGAAGGACACAAAACAUCUUUACGCAUUAAAAGUGCUCAAGAAAUCGGGCUUAAAACAGGAUGCACGAAUUGAGCGCAACAUAAUGAUUGAAAUUUAACAUCCAUUCAUCAUAAAAUUAGUGUACGCGUUCCAAACUGCUAGCCAUUUGUAUUUUUGCAUGGAGUAUUGUCCAGGUGGAGAGAUGUAUUAUCUCUUGAGCAAACAAAAACAUUUUAGUGAACAUACAGCUAUGUUUUAUGCUGCCUAAAUCAUUCUAGCAUUGGAGUAUCUUCAUAGUAAAGGGAUAAUUUUUAGAGAUUUAAAACCAGAGAAUAUUGUUAUAUGUUAGGAUGGAUAUGUGAAAUUGACGGAUUUUGGUUUAUGCAAGAAGGGAGACUUCACUAAUAUUUCAGGGGCCUCAUCCAUAUGCGGAACUCCAGCCUACAUGGCACCUGAAAUUCUAUUAUCAAAGCAAUAUGGUAAAGCAGUAGAUUGGUGGGCAUUCGGUUGCUUCCUAUAUGAAAUGGUAGCAGGACACCCUCCAUUCUUUGCAUCAAAUAAAUAAGAUUUAGAAUAUAGCAUUGUAAAUUCUCAGCCAAAUAUGGGUCAUUUUUCGAUCAAACUUCAAGAUCUACUAUAUAGAUUGCUAGAAAAGAAUCCAAAGAAUAGAUUGACCACUAACGUUAGAGAUCAUUAAUGGUUUAAUAUUGACUUUGAUGCCAUACUAAAUAAGAAAGAAACUGCCCCAUUUUUACCCACCUUGUAAAAUGAGGCAGACGUAACUUAUUUUGAUCCAUAAUUCAUUAAAUCCAGUAUGUCUGAACAAUGUAGUAUCAUUGAUGAAUUAGAUUCAUAUAAGGAUUUCACAUACAAAGGAUCAUAAGAGUAAUCAGUGCAGCAAUCAUUUUAAACUCUAAGUCCAGAGAUUAUUGGAUUGAACGAAAAUGGAGAGGCCAAACAAAUGAUAAAAGUAGAGUCAACCGAAAUGAUUAAUUAAUGA